UUUUGCCGGGAGAGGUCGCAUGCUUUAGCAGCACAGCGAUGUCUUGCGAGGCAGAAAGAAACAGCCUCGAACAGUCAUGUAGCAACACCUAAAACUUCACACAGCAGAAGAAAAAAUUAUAACCCAAUGCGGUUAUAAAUGCGCAUUUCAUUUGCGCUUUUGGCAACGGGAACUGUAGUUUCGACUCGUCUAGAGAACCAGCCCGACACAGAAAAGCUGCAUAGACCCGACCAUGUCUGAGGCGGUGAUGCAGUCCUGCCUCAUGGACCGAAGCAGCAGCUUUUUUAAGCUGAUAGACACAUUCUCCUCUGAGAUCUCGGAGCUAAAGCAGGAGAUGGUCCAGCCAGCCAGAGAGCCAGAGACUGAGAUCUUACAAGGGCUGGAAGGAGAGGUCAGCGGCCUAUUCCUGCAAUCUACAGCCUGCGCUGGUACGCCAGGAGUGAGGGAUUCUGGGUAUGACUCUCUGCGCAGACGCAUGAGCAUCCUGGACAGACUGAUGCAGACGCACUCUGUAUGGCUGCUGCUGUCACUCAGCGAGGAGGAAGCCAGACGCAUUCUGCAGCUGCAGCCGGCCGGGAUUUUUGUGGUGAGACGGUGUCCUAAACUACAGAAAAAGGUGAUUUCCCUGCGGAUGGAUAAUGACAUAUGCCCUGUUCGGAACUUCCCAGUUAAAGAGAGUCAAUACACCUUUUCCCUGGAGGGCUCAGGGAUCAGCUUCGCAGACCUCUUUCGGCUGGUGGCUUUCUGCUGUAUCAGCAGGGAUGUUCUGCCCUUCACCCUGAAGCUUCCAGAGGCCAUCAGUGCAGCAAAGACACCCACCGAUUUAGAGCAGGUGGCUCAAUUAGGAAAAGGUUUCUGGGACUCUGAGCUGUGCUCUACGUGGAAGUGUUCUGCUAUCGGAGAGCCUGUUUGUGAAAGUUCGCAACAGACAUUAAAACAGUUUUCCCCUAAACACAGCGUCCCAGUGAUCCCACGGACUCGUACUCCAUCCCAGCUUGAAUGCAGUCAAUCCAACGGAGCAUUGUGCUUCAUCAAUCCCCUUUUCCUGCAGAUACACCAGAUCAACCCAUCGCCCAAGAAUCCAGAAACAUCAACAUCCCCGGGAAACAAAGAGCUCCAGGAAAACAGGGAGAGUCGCUUUCUCUGUCCUUCAAGCAGCAGUCAAAUCAAUUCCAAGAGUACAUCACGUUCCCCACCACCUCGGCCCCCACCUCCCCGGUUCAGCUCCAGAAGAUCGGGCAUCAUUCGUAGACAAAAGACCAUGCCCGAGACAGUUUCUUGGAUCAAUACGUUUCAGGAAAAGAGCAGCCUGCUGGGGAGGUUAGGUUCCUCCUUGAAUUCCUUAUCGUCCUCUCCACCCAAAAGGUUCAGCAAACCCAUCCUGGUGCCCUCGUCCCGCAGUAAGAAUUCUUCCACCCUGCUCGAUGCAGACGGUAUCCGCUGCCACGUGGCCCUGGACGAUCAGACCAUUGAGGAAGCAGUUUCUUGGAGUCUAGCCAAGGUGUCAAUGCACAACUCCAAUGCUAUGGAGAACGGCAGCCCGGCAGACGAGCACAACUCCACUGGACGAGAGCGACUGAGUGACAUCAGCAUCUCCACCUCGUCCUCAGACUCUCUCGACUUCACUCACAGCUUCUCUCUGCCCAUGGAAGCCACCUCCUCCGGAACCGACCGCCCCACCGGCGACAGCAGCCUGGAUGAAGAAGAGGACGAUGGCAUCAACGUGGAGAGUGACCAGGAGGUUCCGCCACCUCUGAAGUUGAAGCAGCACAAUGCCGGCACUUUCGUGCUGCCACGUGCACUGAGAGGACGUUUGCGCAAGAUGAGCGGCGUUUUCAAUUCUUUGAUGACACCUGAGAAAAGAGCCGUUCGGAAGAUCGUGGAGCAGUCCAGGGAUAAAGGAACUUACUUCGGCUGCCUGGUGCAGGACUACGUGAGCUUCCUGCAGGAGAACCGCGGAUGCCACACGUCAGGCUCAGAUCUUCUGCAGACUCUCAGACAGUUUAUGACACAGAUGAAGUCCUACUUGCUGCAGAGCUCUGAGCUUGACCCACCUAUUGAAUCCCUCAUUCCAGAAGAUCAGAUAGACCAAGUGAUGGAGAAAGCCAUGCACAAGUGUGUGCUGAAACCCCUGAAGCCUGUAAUAGAGGCCGCGCUACAGGACUUCCAGGUGAGCAGUGGAACUUGGCAGCAGCUGAAAGAGAAUCUGGUUUUGGCCAAAACAAAGCAGCCCCAGGAGAUGGGAGUGGACGGGGCGUUUCCUCCCGACCCUGUUGCUAUAGAGAAAAUUCGCCACAAGUUCCAGAACAUGUGCAAGAUGUAUUCGCCGGAGAAGAAGGUGUCUCUGCUUCUCAAUGUUUGCAAACUUAUCUACACCAUCAUGGAAAACAACUCGGGAAGGAUGUACGGCGCAGAUGACUUCCUGCCCAUGCUGACGUAUGUGAUGGCCCAGUGUGACAUGCCACAACUAGAUGAUGAAAUUGAAUACAUGAUGGAGCUACUCGACCCAUCACUGCUUAAUGGAGAAGGUGGCUAUUACCUGACCAGUGCAUACGGAGCAAUGUCUCUCAUCAAGAACUUCCAGGAGGACCAGGCGGCCCGUGUACUGAGCUCAGAAACCCGUAACACACUGCACCAGUGGCACCGCAGACGCACUGCCCAGCGAACCACUCCAUCUGUGGAUGAUUUUCAGAACUAUUUGCGGGUGGCACUGCAAGAUGCAAGUAAUGGCUGCACAGCCAAAACGCUUCAGGUGCAACCUUACGCCACAACGGAAGACGUGUGCCAGAUUUGCGCGGAAAGGUUUAAAGUUUCGGAUCCGGAGAACUACGCACUGUUCCUCUUGACAGACGAAACCACACAGCAGCUUACCCCAGACACUCACCCACAGAGGAUCAAGGCCGAACUUCACAGCCGGCCACAGCCGCAACCGUUUUACUUUGUUUACCGUCAAAUCCAAACCUCAGAUUGACUGAAACUUCGGACCAGCUUAAUGGUAACACAGUGUCCAACUGAGAAAAAGUUCUCUCCAAACUCCUCAGCCUCAUUAUUCAUCUCCUUCCAUAGCAACACUGCCAACGUCUGCAUUCGAAGAGGGAAACGGAAAAUGUGUUUGGAGGGAAAUAGGGAAGGAAGAAUGUGUCUGACAGAUGCAGCGUUUUUUGUAUGCUCUGUCUUUACUAUUUCAAAAGUUUUGGGAAGUGGCACGCAACCAUCACGCGAGAAAAGCUGUACCCAUGCUGCAAAAUGGUGGACUGUUGCGUAUUUGCUUUAAUAAUGCUCGAACUAAAACACAUUCGGGUUGGCUGAGGAUUAGCAACAUUUGGUGUGUUUAUGGUAGAGCUCUGCACAUUCUGUAUGUUACCAGAUAGUUUAAUUGGAUUUUUCCUUUUCCCAAAGCCCUGCGUCUCCCUUGCCGGUCUGUUUUGCUAUGAUUGUGGUGGUGUUUAAAUGCUUUGCAAAAUGUAAGGCACUGCUCAAUGCCUUAACUGGACACAUUAUUGCACAAAGUGAAGAGGAUAUUCUGAUAUACAUUCCGUCUUAUUUUGUAAUGUAAAUCGGAUUCAUGAUAUUUUUGCAGUUGCUGGUAAACUGCAUUUCCAUAUUUGAUUCAUUGUUAUAGUAUUGCAUGUAUUUCUUUGAUGAUAUGACCAAACCAGGCAUUGUUGCCAGUGAUGUUUGUCUUGUUGUUUUUGGAUGAAUUAUGAUCAACCAGCCUCUAAAAUUCAUUAGUCUGUAAACUAAGUUUAGUGGUUGUAAUGGCCAUGGCGAAAUUGACUUUGUUCUAAAAUACUAUACUACUGUUGUACUGAUUUCGGUUCUGGCUUGCUGGUUUUCCAGAACAGACAAAGGGUUUUUGGCAUGUAGGGCACAUUGAAAGAUCAAGGUAAAGUGGGAGAAUAAAAACACUACAUUCAAAGCUCAAUUUGUUGACAUUAGUUAAUGCACCGUAAACUUUUAAUGUUAACAACACAUAUUUACAACAUUUAUCAAUCUAGGCUUAUGUUCAUUUAUACUAUUGAUUACUAUUAAUUCAUGUUUCUUUAUAAUACAUUAAAUAAUGUAACUGUAUUUUAGCAUUUUCGCUGUCCUUCUGAAACCUUGUAUGUCCAAAUUUGCUGUUUUUCAGGAAAUAGAAAAAACAAGUUGACAACCACUUAAUACUAUAAUACUUUUUAUAGGUCAGAUAUUUGCAAAACCCAGUGACAAACAUACGUAAAGGGUGACUAAUAUUAAUGAUUUAUUAGAAAAAAUAAAAAACAAGAAAUUUGGCAAUAGCCUAAAGGUUUCAAAGGAAAGCAGCGAUAUACAGAAGGCUAUAAUACCAAAAAUGAUUGUUACUUCAUACUCUUGCAUUAACUAAUGUUAAUAAAUUGAACUUUAUUGUAAAGUGUUACCGAAAAAAUGACAUAAAAGGAAGAAAAGGAAUAAUGGUAAAAGACUGGUAGAAAAUAUCAGCAAACAGAAAUUAUUUGUAUUUGUUAGUGUAAAGUGCUAUCUUUAUAGAAUACCAGGAAAGAUGAGUUACAUGGAGAAUGCUUUACCUUCAUAACUAUACUCAUAACUACAAUAACUUACCAAGUAUUUGAUUUCCUACUAAUGUACUUUGUGUGCAUGUUCGGUGUAAACUCUGGGCAUUUAAAGAGACCGAGCUGGAACGCUCUGACCAUGUAAUGUUGAUAUAAAACACUAUUCAUCUGAAACAUAAACUACAUGUUUUAAGCCUUGAAAUGUAUUUUUAAAAAGUGGUUCGUUUUAACAAGAUAUUUUAAGCCUGACAAGUGUACACAUAUUUAUAUGUAAUCUGUGCGGGAAUUUAUCACAGAUCUUAAAGCUCUUGGUGCAAAUUUAUUGUGUAUUCAUCUGGAGUCUGCUAAAAGAAUUCAUUCUUUAGUCAUUUCUUCAUAUUUGCCUUUUUAUGUACACUUUUGCACACAAUAAAUUGUGUCCAAUGUUAA